UAUUUUUUAAAUGAACACCAUGAUCUAUGAAUUGUCAAUGAGCAGUUCUGAUCUGAAGGCUAAAACUCCUCCCAGUCAUUAUUCUUCACCCACCAUAUCUGUCAGCUAUUUAAAACCACGAACGACACAUGCAGGAGGUCAAAAAUAGUCAGCCCUUCAGAACUAUAAUCUUCCCAAGCCACAAGGGUACCAUGGUAUAGGUAUAGUUUAAAAAGAUCAUGCUUUUAACAAGGACUAUCUCCAGAGAAGAGGACAGCAAACACUAAGGAUAAUAUAAAUAUUCUGCUUGAAAAACUGUCAAAAUGGCAGCGGUUUUGGGUCAGUUUAUGGAAUUCCAUUCAGUUCAUGGGACAAAUGUGAGACUGGACCUCUCGAGGACUCAAGCCACCCGAGUAGAAAGUUUUGCAAAUGGUGUCUGCUUCAGUAAAGACCCUUUAAGCCCUGGAGAGAUCUUCCUAGUGGAGAUUGAAGAGAAAGAACUGGGUUGGUGUGGUCAUUUAAGGAUUGGACUUACUGCCCACGACCCUCGAACACUGGAAACUGUGCCAGAAUACUCUCUGCCUGAUCUAGUGGAUAUGGGAGACAGCUGGGUAUUUGCAAUAACAAGAAAUCAUAAUAAAGUCAUUGAAGAAGAAGUAGAAGGUGGUGAACAGCCAAAUGUUGGUGAUGAGGUAGAAAACAAGCCUAAAACAUUUUUCACUGACACUCACCUGUAUAUAGAAAACAUGGGCAUACCCAGAGACAAGUUGGUGGGACGCAGUCGACCCGGGAGAUUCAGUCACAUCCUGGACGAUCUGUACAAAACCAACGCUCUACCCCCCACUGCUCGUCGCAGUCGGAUAGGGGUUGUCUAUGUACCUAAGGGACAAGGGUAUGCCGACAUGCACAUUAUCAUCAAUGGUGAAGACAUGGGAGCCUCUGCCAAGAGGAUCCCCACCAAUAAACCGCUGUAUGCUGUUGUGGAUGUAUUUGCAGCUACUAAAAGUGUUCAGAUUGUCCAGGUGGAAUAUGGAUUUGCCUCGCUGCAGACACUCUGCCGAAAGACAAUUCAGAAACACAUCAUUCACAGAAUGGCUUUGGACUGGUUGGAACUUCCGGAGUUACUUAAACACUAUUGCAAAUAUGAGUGAGCAUAAACAUCUGAGCAGCAAAGAUCUUUAAGACUAAAUGGGGCUGGAAUGUUUUUUUUUCUUCUUCUCCCACCUUUUCAACCAAAAAAAUAAAUAAAAAAGGUUCUUCAAGGUUUGUAGCACUUACAAUGUUGCUAAAACUUGCUAAUACUCAUUUUAAGUAAUAGUGAAUCUUGUAUUCUGAUACUGUGAUCCUUCAGUGAGCCAUAAAUGCAUAUUAGCCAUGUUUAAGUCUGGCAUAUUAAAUAAUACUCAAAAGAAAUGUUUAUUACAGUUAAGAACUUUAGAUUGAACCUUUAGACAAAAUCUUAAAAAAAAAAACACUUUAAAAGUUUGUGUUUUAUGUUUUAUAUUUGUAUUUGAUACAUCAGGCUUUUAUGGCAUAUACUGAUAUAGUAAGAAAAUGGAGCUCAUACUCGUGGAGGAGAAAAAAACACCUAAUUUUAUUCAGAAGCCCAAACUGAACAAAAUAUUCAGUUUGCUGCAGGUUCUGUUAUUUAAAAAGGUAGGAUGCAUAUUCUGAUAGCUUGUAAUGUAAAUCACUGAGAUCUUAAUAAAGUAAAUACAUAGAAAUAUCAGUUGUCACUACCUAUAUCUCCCAAUACGGGCCUAUGUCUUAUUGAGAUAAUUAUUAGAAAUAUUAUUUAGAAAUAUUAAUUUUAUGAUAAAAGCUCAGUGGUUUUAUUGUGGGGGGUAAAACAUAUCCUAUAAUGCAAUGCAAUACAGUGAUAACUGACAAAUAAAUGUUCCUCAAAAGCCUGAUGUGUAAUAAUUGAUACACACAUGAUUUUUAUUUAUUUUUUUUAUUUUUUUAUCAUGAUGAUAAUUUAGAGGCCUUAGAGGGUUAAAUGUCAGCAUGCCAUAUUUAAAUGUCAACCUGCCGGUCUUGACAUUUCUUUUGUGCUUGUACUUUUUUAAUCCAAAAAGUCUUUUCUUUGCCAUUUGUAAAUUAUUAAAUAAACGUACUUGAAUUUUCACUUGCGGUUUUUGACUUUUGAACCCCACUAUAUUUCGUAACUUUUUUUAAAAGUUUGAAGUUGCUUAUAAACAUUCCUGAAACAUAUCAUAGUUUAGCCUACCAUGAAAUAAAUUUAUUCUUAAUGUAUUUAACUAAUCUUUUAAACGAAUCAAUUUAUUAAAGCACCUGUAUUAAUUAAAAAAUUAAUUCAUUAUAUCAAACG